GAUCGAAUGAGUGUAACUGAGCCUUAACCCGCAGCCUAUUUUCCUUUCUCCGCGAGGUGUCAAAUAUCAUAAUUGAUCGUGAAAUGUGAAGUGACCUGAAAAGCGGUGUCGCCGUUAGUCGCGGCCCAGCGUUCCUCCAACCUUGACAUCUAGAACAAUGUCCAGAAUAUUCUGCUUCGUGUGUAUUGCUCUACUAAGCAUAGGUCCUGCUAAAUCGUUUAUUAACAUCAGAACAACUGAUUGUGGGCCUUACGGCUUCGUAUGUGAUGGGGCGAAUAGAGUCAGACUUUGCGACGGGGACCACCUAGUGGGACCGGCUUUCAACUGCCCAUCGGAUAGUCUGUGCAACGAGGAAUCGACUGACGUAUGCGAAAACAGAAUGAACUACAUAGACCCAGUGUUGUCGAAGACGAUUCGGUGCCACAGAAACGAGAGGGUCGCCGAUCCCAGCGUAGAAAAUUGCAAGGGCUACAUCCUGUGCAUUCCAAACAAAAACCGCGUCCAAGGCAUUAAGUUCAAGUGCUCGGGCAACACCGUAUUCAACGGUUUCACUCGGACCUGCACCUCCCCCGAAAAAUACAAGUGCCCAAUAGCAAACUCUACCAAAACGAGCUUCCAAUACUUCGGGGGGAGCGGCUCGAAGAGCAACGCGAGUAAGAGUCCGGACCAGGCCCAUUUCCAUCGGCCGAUCGACUGCAAGAGCUACAAGUUCGCUGUGACCCAGGAGGACGCUCCCACCAAAGCGACCUACUUCUGUCCGUCGAGGCCCGUCGUGGGGGAGUCUCGUAUCAGAUGCACCAUCUUCUCCAACUACUUCUGCAUCACCCUAGAACGUGAUUACGAGGACCAGUUCAUCGAAAGCACCGGAGCUGCUUACCGACGACCGAGAACAUUUUGGCCCAAAUAAUGAUUUGGUUCAAAGAUUAAUUGUCUGUAUUUUUACAUUUUUCAAGACUGAAUUAGGCUGCGUUAGAUAAAUUUAGAAAUGAUAUUAUGCUUACAGUACAAAAUUUGUGUAUUCGUUUAAGGAUGAUUAUCUUAUCAAUUAAUGUAUGUGUUGUUAAC